AUGGCCAGCAACUUUUCGAGUCGAGCCAUCCGCUGGCUUGCAUCAUCACAACUCAGACAACCAACUCUCAGACUCAAUGCUGGCCCCAGAUGCCUACAGGCGUGUCGAAAGUACUCUGCCGAGGCCUCUCCGGCACCACCGCUCCUGGCAAAGUUCAAGACCGACCUCAAGACCGCGAUGAGGGCGAAAGACGCGGCCCGACUGUCGGUCCUGAGAACCAUCCUGUCCGCGACAAAUAACGCCGCCAAGACAUCGUCCCCAAUCAAGACCGACGUCCAGCUCGUACAGCUGUUGAGGAAGACCGCCCGUGGUAACCAAGAAGCCGCGGAGGAAGCCCGGAAAGCCGGAAGGGAGGACCUCAUUGCGAAAGAAGAGGCUCAGGUCAAGAUCAUUGACGAGUACAUUGCGGAAAGCGGGGUGCAGACGCUGGGCAAGGACGAGCUGCGGGCCAUCGUAGAGAAAAUUGUCUUGGAAGCCAAGAGCGAGGGCGUGGACGAGAAGAGACUAUCCGGCGAGGUCAUGAAACGAGUGGUGGCCAAGGAUGGUCCCCUUGAAGGCAAAGAAGUCAACCGAAACGAGGUUGCGCAAAUCGCCAAGGAGUUGACCAAGUAA